CCAUACAUUUCACAUUCCCCUGUUUAUAUCACACUCUCCCCUUUGUUGAAGCAGCAGCAGCAAUGGCGAGUGGCAGGAAAAGAGGGCGACCCAUCAAGCAAAAACCCAAUAAAGAGCACCAAGAAUCCCCAAAUGACAACAAAAAUGAAUAUGAAAAGAUGAGACAGGAAAGAAUCAAAGAGAAUUUAGCAAGAAUGAAGCAAAUGGGUAUCUUAGAACUCUCCAAGAAGCUCAGUGGUGAGUCUCGUAAGGCCUCUCCCUCGAAGAAGUCAAGGGGUUGUGUUAGAAAGAUUCAAGCUUUGCCUGAUUCAACUAGGAGGUCUUCUAGAUUGAAUACUAUGACGCGGGUUAAUUAUGCUGAAGGGGCACACUCUCCUAAAAAAGCCGGGAGAGCUGCAAGGGUUACUGAGAUUCAUCUACAACAAGGUUCAGAACCUGAAAUUUAUACGGCAGAGCAUGAAAAACUUUUAGGUGAUUGCAAGACAAAAUGGGCUUUGUAUGUGGAUGGUUACGACAAAAAUGGGAAACGAAUAUAUGAUCCAGUUGAAGGGAAGGGUUGCCAUCAGUGCAGGCAGAAAACUCUUGGACGGCGUACUCGGUGCAGCUCUUGCAAGACAGGACAAGGGCAAUUUUGUGGCGACUGUUUAUUCACGAGAUACGGUGAAAAUGUUAUUGAAGUGAAUAAGAAUCAAAGCUGGAUUUGCCCUGUCUGUCGAGGAAUAUGCAACUGCAGUUGUUGCCGACUAAGCAAAGGAUGGAAGCCUACUGGUUCCAUCUAUAGGAAGGUGAAACGUCUAGGGUUCAAAUCUGUGGCACAUUAUCUCAUUCAAAGCCGAUUUGCUCAAACAAUCCAAGAAGGGCCAACUAAAGAAGAUCCAGAUUCUCAGAACGGGCUAUUGCCUACUACAAAUGGAGAAUCUGAGCCAACCUAUGGAAUUUCGAACUCGCAAUCAGACGGGAAUGAAGAAAUAGAAGAGGAUAGUGAUCUUGGUAGCAUGAACGGCGGUACAUACAACCAAGAUGGAAACAUUGAAGAUUAUGAUACCGUUAACAAUAAUGAACGGAAGUGAGGAGUACCAUGGUAAAAUUUUGUAGCUUGUUAUGGAGAUGCUGGUGAUGAUGAAAAUUUCUGAGGUUUAAUGAAGAGGACAGUGGUAAGUAUAUUUUUGAAAGUUUGAUAGAUUUUGAAAUCGACUCAAGUCUUGAGCCCAACAUAUAAUGAUAUAUAUAGUGUUUUGGCACCUGAACUGUUUUCCAACAAGUAUUUGGAACAUCUAUGAGCAAUCUUGUACUUUGGUACUCACAUUCAGCUGCCUUUUCCUGUUACGAUGCAGUAAUUUUGUAGCUUUUAAGUGUUAUAAGCAGUCAUGAAUGUUAAAUCUGUUCGGGUUUCUGUUUUUGGUUAUGUUCAGGGAAAUUUUUAAGCUGA